GCACCACUGUUAGCAUUUCAAUAUGGUAGCGAUAUGGGAUGUGAAGUCGGUGACUGUUAACGAGAAGUGAUGCGAUAUAAGUGGACAUAUAAAAGUCACUUUUUUGAACGAAAGUUUAACAAUAGUUACAUCGUUUCUUGAUACAGGGCAGUAACUAUAGAGCUUCAAGAUGGAUCAGAUGUUACCAAGCCCAGGAUUCAGCAUACCUAGUAUAGGAACCCCUCUUCAUCAGCCAGAGGAAGAUCAACAGAUUCUUCCUCACGCUCAACAACAGCAACAACAACAGCAGCAACAACUUCCGCCACCUCCUACGUCUUUACAACAGAUGCCUGUUUUGUCCACCCCACAGAAAACGAUGCACACUUAUGCACCAUCAGGGUUUACACCACAGAGUUUAAUGCAGCCUCAGACACCACAAAACCUAAUGUCUCCAAUGGUAACUCCUUCGAGUCAGAUGGCAACACUUUCGAAUAUGGGUCCAGCUACACCAAGUCCAAUGACACCCAUGACACCCUCAUCAGCCGAUCCAGGGAUAAUUCCACAGCUUCAGAACAUUGUAUCGACUGUCAACUUGGGCUGCAAGCUGGAUCUCAAGAAGAUUGCACUUCAUGCCCGUAAUGCUGAGUACAAUCCAAAACGUUUCGCUGCUGUCAUCAUGAGAAUACGUGAACCUCGGACAACAGCACUUAUAUUCAGUUCAGGAAAAAUGGUGUGCACUGGGGCGAAGAGUGAAGAAGAUUCACGGCUUGCCGCAAGAAAAUAUGCUCGCAUCAUUCAAAAACUUGGGUUUCCGGCAAAGUUCCUUGACUUCAAAAUCCAGAAUAUGGUUGGAAGUUGUGAUGUGAAGUUUCCUAUUCGACUGGAAGGCCUUGUGCUUACACAUGGACAGUUUAGCAGCUAUGAACCAGAAUUGUUUCCUGGUUUAAUAUACCGAAUGGUUAAGCCAAGAAUUGUCUUGUUGAUAUUCGUAUCGGGUAAAGUUGUGCUAACAGGAGCAAAAGUAAGACAAGAAAUUUAUGAAGCCUUUGAUAAUAUAUAUCCCAUCUUGAAGAGCUUCAAGAAACAGUGAAUGGCCCUGCUUUAUUCCUAUUAUGUAUACCACCAGAAAACCAUGUGCAUGAACAAAGGACUGUUUAUGCUGAAGCCACAAACAGAUAAUCAUGGAUUCACUGAUUUCUUCUGACUGGCUGAAGUUGCUUAUUCAGCUCUGUGGGACCACAUGACAAGAACUUUCUUUCAGAAGGUUCAGUGUACAAAUAUGUAUCUAGGAAGUGGACAAGAAUAUUCUGCAUGUUGAACGUAACUAGUCUUUCACAUAGCUGAAAUAGUGUGUGGAAUAAGUCAGCAGCUUGGAAAUUACAUUCUGUUUUGAUCAACCAUUUCCCGUCAUUUCUAUUUCUGCCAACUAGAAAUUAAUUUGUGUGAAAAUUAAAAAGUAUGAAACUA